AUGUAAUCAAGAGGUCUGUCAACUCCUCCUGGAAAACCAAAAUAAGAAGUUCUUUAAAUAGUUUUUGAUCUUGGAGAAAAGCAACAAGUAUAUUAACAAAUAAUAGAUUGAAGGAAACAUUACAUGUUUACGAUGAUUCUGAUAUAACAAUGAUUGCAAAAGAAUUUGUUAAUAAACAUUAAUUAAGAGAAGAAGCUACUAUUUUAAUAGAAUAAACAAUCUUAAGUAAUCUUUAAGAUAGUCAUUGUUCUAAAUAAAGCAUUUUUGAUCGAUUACAUAAUGAAGCUGCCGUUAAGACCUAGAAAAGACAAUAAUAAUUCAUAACAAACAGUUUAUCUUAAACAUUCAGUCCUUAAAGAACAUUACCAUACAACUCAGGAGAAUAGUUAUAUUUAAAAUCAAAACAAAGUCGAGUUUUAGAAUCUAAAUAAGAAAUUAUAUACUCUUUUAAACCAUAUAUAAGUGAGAAAAGCUUGGCUUUGGUUAAAAGACCAAAUAUGCCAACAUAAGAUUAUUUAAUUAUGUAAGGUAAACAGAUGGCUUAAAGAAAAGAAUAAUUAAGAAAUAGUAGAAUGGCUGCAUAGAAUUAAUAAUGUUCAUUUCAACCUGUAAUAAAUCCUAUGUAUAAUUAAUUUAACAAAUUAUUUUUAGAAGUUAAAAGAUUUCUUAAGAAAAAGAGAGAAAUUAUUAAAGUGCUUAAAAGAGUUAAAUACAUGACCGAUUAUAUUAAUAAGGAUUAAAUUCAUUAAAAAAGAAAAAAGAAGCUAGUCAAAUUAUUAAUUAAUCUGGCAUGAUUUCUCCUUUAAAAUAAAAACCAUCUACUUCUGAUAUUCCUUUCUUAGAAAGAAUGCAAAUAUCGAUAUAGAAAAGAUAAAAAAAAUUAGAAGAAACAGUUAUGACUGAAGAACCAUCACAUGAUUUAAUAAAUGGAUAAAAAUUAUAUCGUCCAAUUAUUGGAAGACCUCCUAAUAAUGAAGUAUUCAUUUACUAAAAAAUAUAUCAUAGAGAAAUAAUUCCAAUCUUCCAAUAGGAGAUUAUCUUUUUCAAUUAAGAACUGUGCAGGAAGAUCAUCAUAAUUAUUUAAUUGAAUAAUAAAGAUAAUCCAUUAUUAAUUCUAUGGCCAAAUCUUCAAAUAAAUCUAGUUAAAUUUAUGAAGAUAAAAAACAGAAAAUCUUAUAAGAAAUAUUUUCAUUACUUGAUUCUGAUGGAGAUGGUUAUAUUUCUGCUUCCUCUAUAGAAAUUUCUGGAAUUCAAUCAGACAUUUUACAAAUUUUGACACCUCUUUUGUGUGAAAUGGAAUCAAUUUAAGCCUAAUUAGAUCUUGAAUCAUUUAUUGAAGCAGCUAAUAGAUUAAUAUCAUCUUUAAAUGUAUCUGAUAAAAAUAAAUUAUUCAAUGGCUUAAAACAAAAAAAAAUAAUAGAUCUCGAUUAAUGUACAUUCUAAGUAAAACUCUAUUAUAAAAUUAGCCUAAAUUAUGCAAACAUUCUAUGAAAAUAGUUAAAUCUGCUCCAAAAUUACAAUAAAAUGUAAUCUACCAUAAUUUAAUUUUAGAAAUUUGAUUUAGUGAAACAAGAAUAAGAAUAAAAGAUUAUGCAAGAAUGUACCUUUAAACCUUAAUUAUAUAAUCCACUUAAAAUUUAUGAUUUUAUGCUAAACCAAUGA